AGCCGUAGUAACUUUAGCUUGCUACAUGCUAACUACGGCUAGCUGUGUGGCAUUUAAAGCAGCACCUGUGUACCUGUGAACGCAGCGCUCUGUGGCACGGCUAGCUCAGCGUGGUCGUGUGGAGGUUGUCGUUGGGUGGGUUCGUGAGUCAGCGGCCGAGCUUCCAGCGUUGCGGAACGAAGGCGGUUACCGUCAGUCUGCCGGGAAGCUAACGUUGGUCAAUCAAUGAACAACGAGCUAGCCCCUGGUAACGGCAUGCUAACGCUGUAGUUGUGGGUGCUACCGCUGGGCCCGUUAUGCAGCUGACUUCUGGAGCAGUCUGCCAAACUCAGCUGUGCCAGCCGAACAGCUACAUAUACAUACAUGCGACCAUUGGACGGCGUUUAUUCCAGUUUUCGAAAGUUUGACGGGGUUUAUUGUAGCAGCACAUCGGGAUAUAUCGCCCAGCGGCAGUGCAGCAGCCACCCUGUCAAAACAAGCCCAACGCCUCCUCUGAGCAUCCAGCAGGCUUUAAGUGUGGGCUUUAAGGAAGCUGGAGCCAUGGGUUUCUCCUUCAGCCUUCGAUGAACUGAACUAAGCUGGACCCACGCGACUCAGCCCACCUGCCCCUGCCUACAGUGGGGGUCCCCCUCUCCCCAUCGCCCUCUCCAGCUAUGGCAGGCUUCAAGCGGGGCUAUGAUGGCAAGAUCGCUGGCCUGUAUGACCUGGACAAGACGCUGGGCCGUGGCCACUUUGCCGUCGUCAAGCUGGCGCGCCACGUCUUCACCGGGGAGAAGGUGGCGGUGAAAGUGAUCGACAAGACCAAGCUGGACACCGUGGCCACAGGCCACCUUUUCCAGGAAGUCCGCUGCAUGAAGCUGGUCCAGCACCCCAACAUCGUCCGCCUGUAUGAAGUGAUAGAUACUCAGACCAAGCUUUACCUCAUCUUGGAGCUAGGCGAUGGAGGGGAUAUGUUCGACUACAUCAUGAAACAUGAAGAGGGCCUGAAUGAAGAGCUGGCUAAGAAAUAUUUUGCCCAGAUUGUCCAUGCCAUCUCCUACUGCCAUCGGCUGCACGUGGUGCACAGGGACCUCAAGCCAGAGAAUGUGGUGUUCUUUGAGAAACAAGGGCUGGUCAAGCUCACCGACUUUGGAUUCAGCAACAAGUUUCAGCCGGGGAAAAAGCUGACGACCAGUUGUGGAUCGCUGGCGUACUCUGCUCCGGAAAUACUGCUGGGUGAUGAGUAUGACGCUCCAGCCGUAGAUAUCUGGAGUCUCGGUGUGAUCCUGUUCAUGUUGGUAUGCGGCCAGCCGCCCUUCCAGGAAGCUAACGACAGCGAGACCCUCACCAUGAUCAUGGACUGUAAAUACACUGUACCGGCCCACGUCUCCGCCGCCUGCAAAGAUCUCAUAGACCGUAUGCUUCAGAGGGAUCCCAAGCGACGGGCUUCCCUGGAGGAGAUCGAGAGCCAUGCCUGGCUGCAGGGGGUCGACCCAUCCCCAGCCACCAAGUACAACACUCCCCUGGUGUCCCACAAGAACCUGUCAGAGGAGGAACACAACAGCAUCAUCCAGCGCAUGGUGCUUGGAGACAUCGCUGAUCGCGAGGCCAUAGUCGAAGCCCUGGAGACCAACAAAUACAACCACAUCACAGCCACAUACUACCUGCUGGCAGAGAGGAUCCUGAGGGAGAAGCAGGAGAAGGAGGUCCAGACCCGCUCCUCCAGCCCCAGCAACAUCAAGGCACAGUUCAGGCAGUCCUGGCCCACCAGAGUUGACAUGCACCAGGACAUAGAGGACAGCCUGGCAGCGUCCUCUAUCUCCCAUGCUGGGGGGCCCCAGUCCCCAGCCCGCAGCGCAGAGAACCUGCUCAACGGACAUCGCUCCAAAGGCCUGAUGGACCUGGGCAGACGAGAGGAAACGGUGAUGGACUCUGCAGGACUGUCAGCACAGGGUGCCUGUGCUGCUGCCUCAGGGGCCGCUUCUGGUUCUGGGACCAUCAGGGCCCCUGCACCAUCCACCUCAGCCGCAGCCAAGCAGCGAACCUGCCUGUUCAGGGUGGAGGAGGAUGAGGAGGAGGAGGAAGAGCAGGAUCCGUCUCCCCUCCCGACCCAGGUGAUCCUGCGCCGUAAGCCGCCUUCCAUCACCAACCGCAUCACCUCCAGGAAGAGCGCCCCGGUGCUCAACCAGAUCUUCGAGGAGGAGGGGGAGUCGGACGACGACUUCGACAUGGACGAGGGCCUGCCGCCCAAACUCAGCCGCCUCAAGAUGAACAUGGCCGGAAACGCGGCCAACCUGAGCUCCGGGGCCGGCUCCUCCUCGUCCCCGGGGUCCACGCAGAAGCGCUACCACCGGCGCAAGAGCCAGGGGAGGGGGUCGUCGUGUUCGAGCUCGGAGACGAGCGACGACGACUCAGAGAGCCACCGGAGGCGGCUGGAUAAAGACUCGGGCUUCGGUUACGGCUGGAACAGA